CAGCGCCAGAGGCCGCCUGGAAGGAGGGAGGGAGGGAGACUUGGUUGCUCCUCGUGCCUCGGUGGCCGCGGCAGCGAUGGCUCCUCCGCUGCAGGAGAGCGGGAUGGGCGUCAGGGGCGAGAAGGCGUCUCCGCCGCCGCCACCGCCGCCCAAGGGUCGCUUCUUCACCUGGGAGGAGGUGGCGCUGAGGACGGGCCGGGUCCCGCCGUACCUCCAGGAGCGGUGGCUGGUGAUCGAGCGCCGCGUCUACGACAUCAGCCGCUUCCACAAGAGGCACCCGGGGGGCUCCAGGGUCAUCAGCCACUACGCCGGGCAGGACGCCACGGAUGCAUUCACAGCAUUUCACCUUCAUAAAGAUCAAGUGAGCAAGUACUUGAAUUCCCUGCUGAUAGGGGAACUGGCACCAGACCAGCCUAGUUCGGAGCCCAGCAAAAAUCAAUUGCUUGUCAAUGACUUCCGGAAGCUACGAGCCACUGUUGAGAAGAUGGGACUUCUGAAACCAAAUAGCCUCUUCUUCUUCCUGAUGUUUGUUCAUAUCAUGGUACUAGAUGUUGCUGCCUGGUUGACCAUCUGGUACUUUGGGACAUCCUUAUUACCGUUCUUUGUAGGCGUUGCAUUGUUUACUGUUGCUCAGACCCAAAUGUCCUGGUUCCAGCAUGACCUUGGGCACCUUUCAGUCCUGAGCUCAUCCAGAUGGAAUCAUGUGAUUCACAAGAUCUUAAUGAGCCUAGUGAAGGGAAUGCCAGCCCAAUGGUGGAAUUAUCUGCAUUUCCAGCAUCAUGCCAAACCAAACUGUUUCCGUAAAGACCCUGAUCUCAAUAUGCACCCAAUUCUGUUUGCUUUGGGGAAGAAACUGGCUGCAGAGCUUGGGAUGCAGAAGAAGAAGUUUAUGCCUUACAACUACCAACAUAGAUAUUUCUUCUUCAUGGCCCCAACUUUGUUAGUUCCCUUCUUCCAGUUCUCCAUAUUUUACUCUUCAAUCAAACGGAAAGAGUGGCUGGACCUGGCCUUGAUCGUGUCCUACAACAUCAGAGUCUGUCUUAUCUAUGUUCCCCUGAUGGGAUUUAAGUGUUUUAUGGCUUACUACUGGCUCUCCAGGCUUCUAGAGUCUUGCUGGUUUACCUGGGUAUCUCAAAUGAACCACAUCCCAAUGAACAUUGAUUAUGAUAAAAACAUGGACUGGGUGUCUAUGCAGCUCCAGGCAACAUGCAACGUGGAGCAAUCCCCAUUCAAUGAUUGGUUCACUGGCCAUCUGAAUUUCCAGAUUGAGCACCACCUUUUCCCCACAAUGCCUCGUCACAACUACUGGAAGGUGGCUCCCCUUGUGAAAUCACUCUGUGCCAAGCAUGGCAUUGACUACCAAACUAAACCCCUGCUCACAGCCUUUGCAGACAUCUUGCACUCUCUGAAGGAUUCUGGGGAUGUCUGGCUUGAUGCCUAUCUGCAUGGAUAAGAAGCACCAGUGCCUUGACAAAGAAUUGCAGCAUUAGUUAUGAAGACGCAUCAAGACAAGAGGACAGUUAAUGUGCAAAGGAAGAAUUUGGGAUCUGGAGGGUGAGCUGGACAACUGUUAAUGAAUUCAGGGUUGGGGGUAGUGUUUCUGAAAUUCUUUCCCACUUUCAACUUGUUAUACUGAGCAUUUGAGGCAUUGGCUGGGUAGGUUUGUUGAGGGAUACGGUGAAUCCAGUUUGUUGGGGACAGCUUACAUAGGAGUACAUUUUGCUUGUUCCAUGUGUGAGAUUAAAGCCUGACUUUCCUAAUGAUGGGGCAGAGGGAGGACAACUUCCCGUAGGACAAGGCGGAGAAUUUAACGUGGAAGGAUAGGAUUACAGUGAAAAUGAAAAGGUUAUACCAUUUGUAAAGGCACAAUAGUUGAAGGAAAAGAUUAAAUAUCAGAUGAAGUUGUAAAAUCAGAGUGCUGUUUUAUUAGGAUUACACUGGGAAUGGGCAAGAUUUGUGAUUGAUUUAUAAAGUCCAUUCUUGGACACAUUCAUGUUUAAAUUUGUUUAAAUUUCAUGUUUAAAUAUCUGAAAAUAAUUGGUUGUGGUUGUUUGGGUUCUGUUAGUUUUCAUAAUGGUCAGAGAGAGAAUAUUCUCCUGGGGAAUAAUGAUGACAAAUGGUCCCCCCCUCCCCCGCUGCCCCAAAUAGCCUCAUUGUACAAGGAACCUUUACAUACUGAAUUGAGUAAAAUGUUCCAAACAAAAUCUUAGCAGAUGCAUUAGCUCUUCAGUGACACUACUGUCCCAAUUCAUAUCCCACAAGAAGUGGUGGUCCUUGCAUAUGAGGAACUAGGCAACUGUUCCAUUGUUCCACAAUGCACUUCAAAGAAUGCAAAGUCUGUGUCACUACAUGGAUGUCCAAUCACAAACAAGGUCUUAUUUAUAUGAUUUAUUCCUUUUUUUGAAAGUGAGAUAUUGCACGAGAGGGUUCUGCAUGUUACCAUGCUCUCAGUUACACAUUAUUUGAAGUGUAUGAUGGAAUGAAGGAGCUUCCAUUCUUCCCCCAUGCAAGGACUUGACUGUUGGGAAUCUAUCCACUGAGGCAGAGACUUUCACCUGUUUGGAGCAUCUGACAGUAUGACUGAAAGAGUUAAUUAGUUAAGUUGACUUGACCUGUGAUUGUGAAAACAUUGAUCUUCUGUUCAGCUUUUUAGCACAGUCCUCUUUGGAUGUAUCUUAUGUGUACAUACUUGUAUUUAUUUGUAUCUUUUAAUGUAUUUCAUAAAUUACAUUGGUUCAAAA